AUGGGCUUUCUGAGAAGUCGUGUUUCAAUCUUGAAUGACAACAAGAAUCCAUCUUUUAUGGUGCCAGAUUCUCGCCCCUGGCCCUCUGAGGCUCAAAAUCCAUCAGGGAUCCCCUGUACCCCCUCUCCCAAGAGUGAAUCACCCCUGCUUGCCACUACGUUAAGGAAAGUUGAGGAAGUCCUCUCUUCUUGCUCAUGCUGCACAAUAUCACCCUUGCUGGUCAAGAAGUCCAGAACCGUCUCUGCUAUCGUCUGCAUCGGAUUGAAGACUUUCCUGUCUCCAUGUCGUGGGGCUGGAAUCAAGGAUCCGAUUGAGUUCGAUCCAAGUACAUCUUGCGGAGAGUCUCCACCGAAUCCACCACCAAAAUCAGCACCUAUUUGA